AUGAGAGUCGCCAUCGUCGCCGUCGGCGAGCUUGCACGGUACUUUGUAGAAGAGCUGCAGGCCCGUGGGCACGACGUCGUCGCCGUAUCCCGCAGCCGCAAGCCGUACCUCGACGCGCUGGGCGUCGCGCAACACGUCGCCGCGGACUACAGCGCCCAGCAGCUCCGCGACGCCCUCGCCGACUGCGACGCCGCCGUCUGCACGCUGAGGGGCGGCGUCCCGCAGUUCGCGGCGAUCCACGCCUCCAUCCUAGCCGCUUGCCGGCAGUCCGCCACCUGCAAGCGCUUCAUCCCGUCGGCCUGGGCCGGGAACCUGGAGGAAUUUCCCGACGAGCCCCUGGACUGGGCCGACGAGCUGGUCCCCGUCUUCGACGCCCUCCGCGGCCAGACCGACGUCAGCUGGUCGGCCAUCUGCCCCGGGUGGUACGCCGACUACGUUGUGCCUGCGAGCCAGCGGCACCUCGGCGACAUUGGCGACAUGUGGCCGCAGAACCAUGGCGAAAAGACCUUUACGCUGUACGGCAAGGGGAGCCAGCUCGUCAAUUUCACAUCGGCUCGCGACACGGCCCGCGCGACCAUCGCCCUGUUGGAGCACGACAGGCACUCGUGGGAAGACUUUACGUACGUAUCCGGGGCGCAGAUGUCCUGGCGGCAGCUCGGGGACUUUGUCAAGAGCAGGGACCCCGCGUACACGUUCAAGCGCAAGUCGCUCGCCCAGAGCGUCAGGCAGUGCGUGGCCAACGAGAGCCCGGAGAGCCGUGCCGUCGCUAUCUUCGAGCUGUGGGGUCACAGCGAGGCGCUGCAUUUUCCGUGGGCCAAGGUGCAAAGGCACAGGGAGAAGUUCUUCCAGGGGCUCGCAUUUAGGGACUUGGCAGAGCUUGCGGACGAAGCCCAGGCAGACCCUACCAAGGUAGUGUAG